AUUAUUAUUAUUACUGCUACAAAGCUAUGAUAUGAAUCCGCAGUGAUGAAAGAUGUUCUUGUGAAGCGGUGACUCUGAGAAUGGAAGGAAGGAUGCGUGGAGGUUAUAGUGGUCGACGCAUAGUAGCAAGCAGAAGAGGGAGUGGCAAAGGCAAUGUCAACAUCAUCAUCAACAACAACAACAACAACAACAACAAAAACAACACCAAUGUCAUCAAGAAGCUUCAGAGCCGUGAGAUUUGCUCGAAGCCUCAUCGAGCUUUUGCUUCUGUCACUGCCUCUCACAGAUUCCGCUCAAUGCGCUUGACGCACCAAUACGACACUCAUGAUCCCUCCAAGACUCGCUCUUCCCUUUGGCCCUUCUUGAUGAAAAGAACUAAAGUUGUGGAAAUUGUGGCUGCAAAAAACGUGGUCUUUGCUCUUUACCAUUCUGGUUUGUGUGCAGCUUUUAGUAGAGAAACCGAUGAGAGGAUUUGCUUUUUGAAUGUUUGCCCUGAUGAAGUCAUUCGGAGCCUCUUCUAUAAUAAGAACAACGACUCACUCAUCACAGUAUCCGUUUAUGCUUCUGAGAACUUCUGCUCUUUGAAAUGCAGAUCCACAAAGAUUGAAUACAUACGAAGAGGCAAGCCGGAUGCUGGGUUUCCUCUUUUCCAAUCUGAAUCUUUGAAAUGGCCUGGAUUUGUUGAGUUUGAUGAUGUCAACGGAAAGGUCCUAACUUACUCUGCACAAGAUUGUAUUUACAAGGUCUUUGAUCUUAAGAACUACACCCUGCUAUAUUCGAUUUCAGAUAGGAAUGUUCAAGAAAUCAAGAUCAGCCCUGGCAUCAUGUUAUUAAUUUACAAUAGAACCAGCGGUCAUAUUCCCCUGAAGAUCAUAUCCAUUGAAGAUGGCACAAUUCUCAAAGUGUUCAACCAUCUACUUCAUCGGAAUAAGAAGGUGGACUUCAUAGAGCAAUUUAAUGAAAAGCUUCUAGUCAAGCAAGAAAAUGAGAACCUUCAGAUUCUUGAUGUUCGUAGUUCUGAGCUGAUGGAAGUAAGCAGAUUGGAGUUCAUGACUCCAUCGGCAUUUAUCUUUCUGUACGAGAAUCAGUUGUUCCUUAGUUUCAGAAAUCGAACAGUUUCUGUUUGGAACUUCCGUGGGGAGCUUGUUACUUCAUUUGAGGAUCACCAGUUGUGGCAUCCAGACUGCAACACGAACAACAUAUACAUAACAAGUGAUCAGGAUCUCAUUAUAUCUUACUGCAAGGCUGAUUCUGAUGAUCAAUGGAUUGAAGGCACUGCUGGCUCCAUUAAUGUCAGCAAUAUCUUGACCGGGAAAUGUGUGGCGAAAAUAACUGCAAUAAGUAGCAGUGCCAAGGCGGACGAGUGCAGAAGUAGUGGUUGCAGCUGCAAGAAAAGUCAUUCAUGCCUAAUGAGGAGUCCAGUUGCGGAGGCUUUGGAGGACAUCACUGCCCUCUUUUAUGACGAAGACAGAAAUGAGAUCUAUACUGGGAACAGGCAUGGUCUUGUUCAUGUAUGGUCAAACUAAUGACAAAAGUUGGAACCUAUCCGUGUUUGGUUUUUCCCUUUUGAUGAUGGGAACAUUUCAGUAUUGGAUCCAAGCUACCUCAGCAUUCUAACCUUAGUUGAUGUGAAACUAUUACAUAGCACUUAGCAAUUGUGGAUUUGUGCAAGAGAUAAUCUGUUAAAAGACUAUUAACCAGAAGUUUCAAGAAAAGUUUGUGUAUGCUUUUGUUAGGUCUUUUAGAAGUUUGACCUUAUAGUUUCUGUAUAGUACAAUCAAUACUGAAAAUUGAGGCAUAUUACUUGUAUGCUGCAGUUAAUAUUUUUUUCUGAACUGAGACCCCUGCUGUUAUGCUACGAUUUUAUGAUACAAUGGAAUAUUGAAUGUUUUUCUUCAA